GUUGCAUGCUGGGAGAUGCGCUUUCUGCCAGAAGGAUUUUUAUUGAAGCUUUGGUUUGCCGGUGACCCUGUCCGGAGGCCAGCUGUCCUCCAGAAAAAGCAUCCCAAGGAGAAAGAAUCAUCAUCAUCACAGAUCUUGAAAUCAAGAUCUGGCUUCUCUGGAUUUUGUGUCUUCAGUAAAGGAGACCCCAAGAGGACCGAUCAGGUCUUGAAUUCUAAAACCAUGGCCCACGGUUUGGUGACAUUCUCCGAUGUAGCCAUAGACUUCUCUCAGGAGGAGUGGGCAUGUCUGGACUCUACGCAGAGAGACCUGUACUGGGACGUGAUGUUGGAGAACUACAGUAACUUGGUCUCGCUGGAUUUGGAAUCACCAUAUGAGACCAAGAGUCUACCUACACAGAAGGGCACUUAUGAGAUAAAUUUUUCCAAACAGAACUCAAAUAGAAAAAGUAAAUCCCUUGGCCUUGACUGGAUGUGUGAAGGUGAGUUUGAAGGACCACAGGCCCCACAAGAGGGAUGUAUCAAUCAAAUCAACUGUGGGCAAACGCCCACUUGCAGAGAAAAUACCUCUGUCCGACCACAUCAGAGACUUCAUAACAGGGAAAAUUCCUAUGAAUGUAAGGAAUGUGGGAAGGCCUUUAGCCGAGGCUAUCAACUUACUCAACAUCAGAAAAUUCACACUGGUGAGAAACCCUACGAAUGUAAAGAAUGUAAAAAGGCCUUCCGUUGGGGUAAUCAACUUACUCAACAUCAAAAAAUUCACACUGGUGAGAAACCUUAUGAAUGUAAGGACUGCGGGAAGGCGUUUCGGUGGGGUUCAAGCCUCGUUAUUCAUAAGAGAAUUCAUACGGGUGAGAAGCCCUAUGAAUGUAAAGACUGUGGGAAGGCCUUCAGACGCGGUGAUGAGCUCACUCAGCAUCAGAGGUUUCACACCGGUGAGAAAGACUAUGAAUGCAAAGACUGUGGGAAGACCUUUAGCCGCGUGUAUAAACUAAUUCAGCAUAAGAGAAUCCACAGUGGUGAAAAACCCUACGAAUGUAAAGACUGUGGGAAGGCCUUCAUUUGUGGUUCCAGCCUCGUUCAACAUAAGAGAAUUCACACCGGUGAGAAGCCCUAUGAGUGCCAAGAAUGUGGGAAGGCCUUUACUCGCGUCAAUUAUCUCACUCAGCAUCAGAAAAUUCACACUGGCGAGAAACCUCAUGAGUGUAAGGAAUGUGGGAAGGCCUUCCGCUGGGGUUCGAGUCUCGUGAAACACGAGAGAAUUCAUACGGGAGAGAAGCCAUAUAAAUGUACAGAAUGUGGGAAGGCCUUUAACUGUGGCUAUCACCUUACUCAGCAUGAGAGAAUCCACACUGGUGAAACGCCUUACAAAUGUAAGGAAUGUGGAAAGGCCUUUAUUUAUGGGUCAAGCCUUGUCAAACAUGAGCGAAUUCAUACAGGGGAGAAACCCUACGAGUGUAAAGAAUGUGGGAAGGCCUUCAGUCACGGCCAUCAACUUAUACAGCAUCAGAAAAUUCAUACUGGUGAGAAACCCUCUGAGUGUAAGGAAUGUGGAAAGGCAUGUAAACGUAUAGACCAUCCUCCAGAACAUCAGAGAAUUCAUGCUGUUGAGAAACCUUUUGGGUACAAAGAGCACACAGAGGCCUCUAUUCAACAUUCAUUUCUUCCACGACAAGAGGAAAAUCCAUGAUAAGACUUAACGCAAGAAAGCCUUCACUGGUCCCUCUUCUGCUUAUAGAAUAUCAGAAGUCAUAUGAGAGGUGAAUUUGGAGUAUUGGAGAAAUCACUUUUUCUCAUCGAUCACAACAUACUCAGUUGUAGACUAUUUUCUACUGGAUAGGUUAGUUUCCUGAAUGCGUAGAAACCUUCCAAUACCAUUUCAUCUCUGUCGUAUUUCAGAUUUGUUCUAAGGUAAAACUCUGCUAAUGGAGCAUAUGUGGGAGAGCUUUUCUCGUGGUACAUACCACUACCUGUUUCCAUCACCAUCCCACCUCUUUACUCCCUGUGAGGCACUGAGAAAACUAGCUAUCACUCUCUGUGCAUUAUCUGUGAAAUGGCGAUAAUCACACCUACCUAAUACUGCUGUUGUGGUGAUUAAAUGAGUUUGGUACAUGUAAGCUCCUUGAACGUGUAUCUGAAAUGUUGUGUGAGCUCAAUAAAUAUUAGCUGUUUUUGUUGUUCUCAUUACCAUUAA